CUUUUCCGAUACAAGAACUUGAUGUCGUUAUAUUUGCAUACAAGUCUCUUGUAUUUCCCACAUUUUAAUAUUCAAAUGCAAGAGACGAAGCAGAUGAAACGAACACUUUUAUCGAUCAUUUUAUAACGCAGAUUACAGUCUACAUUGGACAUCAUAAGCACUAGUUCGAUUAAAGUGAAAAUAUAGUUACGGUAACAUGAGAAAGGCAUUAUUUUGUGUAGCAUUUUUUGUAUGUGUGUUAGGUUCGUUUGCUCAGACAACGACCGACCCACCAGCGCCCGUGCCCGGACAACCUCUUGUGGGUGCGCCAUUCGAUGAAAUCAUUGUAGAGUCGAGUCUAAAUGUUCGUAAGAAACCAGAACCAGCUCGUAGAAGAACGAGAAGUUUGGCAUGGAAUGUAAUUCAUCCUGAACAUGUCAGGUCAAAACGACAAUUCCAGCAUCAAUACAACUCCUUCAAUCCUUACAAUCUCAACCGUUACGCACCGUUGAAUAUCCCUAGCAAUUCAGUGUCCCAUUCCAAUGCAAAUUCACAGAGUUUGAGCUUCGGAAAUCCAGAUUAUAGCAGUUCUGCAUCACAAGCAAAUGCAAAUUCUAAUAGUUUUGGCUAUGGUCCACAAGGUUUUGGUAAUGGAGCUGCGUUAGCACAAUCACAAGGUUUCCAAUCGGUUGGUCCAUUGGGUAGCUUUGGUGCAACGUCUGCAAAUAGUCAAACACAAAGUUUCCAGGCUGGCGUGAACGGAUUUCAAGGCGCAUCUGGUUUGUCCAACAGCCAAACAUACACAUUACCAAACGGACAAACAAUCAACUUGGCUAUUACGAAUGCUUUUUCAAGUGGUCCUAAUGGACAUGCAAACGGUCAAGGAAAUUCGAUUUCCGUAGCGUAGAUGUUGGGGGUCCGACUGUUGGACGUGUCGAAUCGUGAAGGAAGGUCAUACGAAUGUAAAUAACAUUUCAGUUAGAAUAAAACAAAACCAAUUCAAAAA